GGGCGCCAUCGAACCGCUCCGCGUGCCGCUGCUCUUGCCUGCGGCGGGAGCGGCCGCGGCGCGAGCCGGUGACGUCAGCCGCCGCUCCGGCGCGCCCGCCGCUGUCGCGCGCCAAAUUUGAAGGCGGCGCGCGCGGCCCUGGGCUCGCGCCCCCUCAGGAGGGUCUCGCGCCCCGCCCCCCCCGGCGCCCUCAGGCCGCCAUGGCCACCCCGCCCAAGCGCAGCAGGCCCGACGGCCGCCUCAAGAAGGUCGCCGUGGAGGGCAACAUCGCUGCAGGGAAAUCCACCUUUGUGAAUAUUCUGAAACAAGCCAGUGAAGAAUGGGAAGUGGUUCCCGAGCCUGUAGCUAGAUGGUGCAAUGUUCAGCAAAGCUCUGGAGAUGAUUGUGAGGAGCUGACCACGUCGCAGAAGAGCGGCGGGAACGUGCUGCAGAUGAUGUAUGAGAAGCCGGAGCGGUGGGCUUUCACCUUCCAGACGUACGCGUGCCUCAGCAGGAUCCGGGCUCAGCUCAACGCCCUGGAUGGCAAACUUCGGGAUGCGCAGAACCCUGUGCUGUUCUUCGAGCGCUCUGUCUAUAGCGACAGGUACAUCUUUGCUGCUAAUUUAUAUGAGUCUGACUGCAUGAACGAGACGGAGUGGACAAUUUACCAGGACUGGCAUGACUGGAUAAAUAAACAGUUUGGCUCAAGGCUGGCGCUGGAUGGGAUAAUUUAUCUCCGAGCCACUCCUGAGAAAUGCUUGAAUAGGAUUUACUUGCGAGGAAGAGAUGAAGAGCAAGAAAUCCCCAUUGAAUAUCUGGAGAAGCUUCACUACAAACAUGAAAGUUGGCUCCAGCACAGGACACUGCGAACAGAUUUUGACUACCUACAGGAAAUUCCGAUUUUAACACUUGAUGUUAAUGAAGACUUCAAAGGCAAAAAGGACAAAUAUGAUCACAUGAUCGAAAAGGUCAAGGAAUUUUUGAGCAUGUUGUAAUCCUCUCUGAAGUGCAGACAUUCAAACCAUUCCAAACUUCUGUGUGAUCAAAGUCUCAAGUGCAGCUUCUUCCUUCUUUUGUAGGAGGCCUCUGGAGAGGCACGGCUCGGUCCUGGAGAUUUGGUUGUGAGGAACAAAUAAAUUUCAUGAAUAGGGAAAUUAUUGAAUAAAUCGGUACGUCUGUUCAGUAUUAUGUGAAGUAAUGUGCACAAAUUCUGAAGAGACAAGCACUAUUCUGAGCACUGCCAAAUGCUGUGCCCGUUUUUGAUCAGACUAUUUUAUAGAUGUUUUUAAUUUAUUUUGUGCCCAACUACUAUUUAAUUUUGAAGAAGGUAGCUGAUUGUUAGAUCUCCUCAGAGUUUUUUUAGCUGCAUGGAUUUGUAAUGGAUGUUUGUUGUUUCCAGAAGUAAAAGGUAAAAACCAUUUUUGCUGCUGAGGGAAUUUUAUUACAACCUGGAAUUUUAUGUUUUAAGGUACACAAAACUAUGUUCUGAUGCUUUUGAUAGAAGUUGUUCUUUGUAGAACACACUGAAGUAAAUUCAAAUGUGACUGAAAUUCUGAAUAUAGCAAGUGAAUUUUUAUACCUGUUUCUAUCAUGCACUGAAACCCGGGAUAUUCUAGGCUUUUGGUUACCUAGCACAUUUGGAGUUUUUUUUUACCUUUUUUAUUUUAGCUUUUCCAAAAACAGUGCUGUUUUUGUAGCUGCUCAGUCCUCUUCUCCUGGAUAAGAAUAUGUUUGCUUGCUAGGCACUGUGCUGGGCAGAAGGGCAUUUUGCAGACGGUCUCCAUCUGUAAAUGACAUGUUGCUAAACCAUCCCAUAAUCGCAUUAGGGAUGUGAGAGGUGGCUUCCUGCCUUUGUUCCAGCUGCUCCGUGUGUUCACUGGGCCUUCUCCGUGCUUAUCCCAGAUCCUGCACUGUUGGAAGUAGGUUUUUUGGUCUCACCUGCUUGGAGUAAGAAGGGGAGACCUGUGUGGAGUAGCUGCUGCCUGAGCCUCUUGUUCCAGGUGCAGAAAACAAACUUCAGGCUACCCAUCUCAAGUGCUGUGUUUUAUGAGCUGCCUUGUUCUGCUUUAAACACUUCUGAGGGCACAGUCAGCUUUUGAAGGCAAAAUCUUAUUGUAAAGCUUAUUAUUGUCCACCGUGGUGCUUCUGCUUGUUGGAGAUGACAUUUCUUCCUUUAUGGCGGGAGUUGUGCUGGCAUUCUCUAACCAUUGGCUGAAAAAAUAAAAGUGGUUGGAAAGCCUUUUUAGUGCUUAAUAGUGUUGACUUAUUGUCUCAUAAAAGAAAUAAUAUUGUGGAUUGCUUGUAUGUAAUACUGGUAUUUGGUGUAA